AUGGCGCCCACCACGGAUGACGAAUUCUACCGUGAUGACCAACCACACGGUACGCAACGACAAACGCGCGCCCUCCACCUUCCCUCCUCCACCGCCACCCCGAAGCCGAGCCGGGACAUACCUCAAUAUGGAAGCGAUGAAGAGGAGGAUGAUGAGACAACGUCUACUCACCAGGGUUGCGGACUUAAGAGUCUGCCCCGCCCCGCACUUAGUGACCCUAAGCGUGCACGUUGGAAGGCAUGGUCAGCCUUUGCUGGAGCUUGGAUGACCACGAUGAUUGAUAACGAGGUGACGGAUGCGAUCCAGCUGAACCUUGUUGAUGGCAAAUGGCCGCGUUUUGCGGAUAGUCUUCUCUGCCGAGUUGAGAAGGUUAUCGGUGGUGGAAACACGUUCUGGAAUAUUGGCCGACAGAUCAAGAAGCUGUGGAAUAUGGAUCGAAAGGACUUUGCCUCCUGCUCACUGUUUAUUACUGCGUUUAAGAAGCAAAUCACUGUCGUCGGCCAAGUCAAACAGGAACCUACACCGAUUACCUGUAUUGUUAUGCUUGUUGACCGACUUGGUCCUGAGCUCUCACGGGUGCCACUUCUGGAGCAGGAGAUCAAGAGAAGGGACCCAGCGGGAGAAGGGACCCAGCAAGUCUCACAAUACAUGAUAUCAACGCUUUAUCAACCUGCCAGGGAUGCGCGGUGGUUUAUGAAAAUCGACAAGACAUUGCUUUUGCCUGACAGGCCGAUCACGAAUUUCACUGACAGCGUGAACACUCAGCUUUUGAUGACCGGAAAGCCCAAGAUUUCCACUCGGUGGCUGGAUAUGAGAUGGUUCUUCGUCCGCGACAGCAUCCAUCUACGGAAGAUCGAAUUGCAGCGAGUGGAUACGGCUACUAACACCGCAAAUGGAUUGACAAAGGCACUGGACAGGCACAAAUUUGACACAUUCGUGAAGAUUCUGGAGAUGGAAAACGUUAGGGGGGUCGCUGAGGUCUGA